UCACAUGUGCAAAACGGUUAUACUGGUUGAUCUGUCGUGUUGUGUUGUAGCUUUUGAUAAUUUAAAUACAUAACAAAUUCACAGCGAGUGUGCAAUGGAUCUUGACAUACUCGUGCUUGACGUGCUCGAAAAAGAUGACCACACUGCUCUGGAAAAUUGGACGGAGUGGUGCCGGAUGUUUCGGCAGAAAGUCAAUACCUAUAUUCAGGAAGUCCAAUUGGUUGAGCAAGCCCAGAAUCCUCUCGCUAAACAAAUAUCAGAACUGGAAGAUGACUAUGAGAAAUUGAAAUUCAGUUUAGAGAAUCUUGCAACAGAAGAAAAACUAUUAGAUAAGAAGAUAUUCAAAGUGAAAAAGGAAAUAGAUGAUCUGGAAGUGGAAUCCCAAACCGUGAAAGCAGAAAAGGAUGUUUUAUCGGUACAGAUAUUAAAGUUGGAACAUGAUAUACAUGAAAGGAAGACAAACAAACUUCUGCAAUGGAGUGCUUUUAAACGUGCCAUGAGCUUUUAUAAACAAAACUUGGAUAUACACAUAAGUCUUGAAGAACAUACAGAUGGUGAUGAUCAAAUACGAUUUGAUUUCUUCACACACAACGAAGCAACGAAAGACAAAUAUUUUGUAAAAUUAUUACACAAAAAUAAUGAAUAUACAGUCGAGCAAGUUGAACCGAAAUUAAAGAAAGAGCAUUUGAAAGAGAUGUGUAUUAUAACGAAAUCUUCAGAAUGUUCCAGAGUAUCCGACAUUACAUUGUUCUUGUGCCAGAUACGAAACGUAUUUCUACAGCAUUAUAUAAAAACAUCGUAAACAUUUAUGGGUUAUUAAUUGUAUAUGGAUGUGUAUAUAGAAUAUAUAAUAUUU